AGUGAGUUACCGACUGCAUACUGGUGAGCAGCUCUCUCUCUCUCUCUCUCUCUCUCUGUCUCUCUGUCUCUCCUCUCUCUCCUCUCGCGUACGGCCGCACCGGACGCAGUUAGUGUUCACCGUCGUCGUCCCGAGCCUGGGCCGAUUUUUGAAUCUCGCGGCAAGAGCAUAUCGGCUCUCGGAAAACAGAGGAGGACAUAAAAGUGCCGAGACAGACAGACAUACCGUGGAGAGAGAGAGAGGCAGGCGGUGGACUCCGCUCGCAGUGCGCGUGUGCGAUUCUGGCCUCGCGCGCGUGCACACGUAUAUAACAAACGCUCACACGUAAGUCGCGCUCUGUGUGUGCUGCGCGCUCUAUCUCUCUCUGCUUCGCGGCGCGCGCGGAUACCACGUUGUCGCUGCGCCGCCGCGCGAGUCUCGAACCGACCGACGGAACUCGCGGACGCUCUCUCCGUUCUUCGGCGGGACCAAAGUGAAUACAACGGAGCAAGAGGGAAGAAAUCGAAGGAGAAGACUGUGUGAGAGCCGGGAGCCGUGAGUGCCGCACUGUGUUUUUGCGCGAAAAACCGCGAAGGGACUAUUGCAUUGCUACCAGCCACGUGACGCGCUGCAAGUUUACAAGCGCUGACCAGGAGCGAGAACGCGCUCUCGUUGUGAUGACUGUUAUUUGUUGAUGUGCGGUGCUCGUGAAUGAACACGGCCCACGUCAUCAAGGUCGCCGAUAAGGAUCGCGCGACCGCGCGCCACGCUCUGCAGCGAGGAGAACUCGCAUGCAUACUGCACCACUUCCUUCUCCGUAACCACCACGACCGCUUGAAUAAAACAGCGCAACGAUACGAGCCAGUUUGCAAAGAAACUUUGAUGUGAUAUUCAACACGUACUAUUGAGUUCAGUGUCGAAGAAACGAAAUAUUCACCAAAAUCAAAGACAAUUGACAAACUCGUUUACAAAAAGUGAUAGUGUGUUGUUGUUACUUGUGCAAGAUUUACACUGAUCUUGAGAAAUGUGCGACAGCAGAGGGUCUGCAGUGCAAAAGUGUUGCACGGUGCGUCGUAGGUGUUUAGCGUAGACAGUUAAUGUGUUCGUAGAUGAAAGCGAUAGUAUGGAUCAGUCGGAUGACAUGGUGUCGAGCGAUCGAGAGUCGAGGCUGGGCCAGACAUCGACGAAAAAGCCCAAGCCAAGUCAGCGCAUACCAAAAUGCACGCGAUGUCAGAAUCACGGCAAGAAGGUCCAGGUCAAGUUCCACAAGCGCGAGUGCGAGUUCAGAUACUGUCUCUGUGAGAUGUGCAUACUCACGACCAAGAGGCAGCAAAUUAUGAAGGUGCAAACCGCUCAGAGGAGGGCGAGACAGCAACACGAGAUGCUGAUGGAAAUGAGGAAGAAAUCGGCCAAAUCCAAGGACUCGGAGACACCACCGGCUCCAAGCAUGAAUGGCAGUAAUGACAGCAAUAGCAGCGACGGUGACAUGCGUAGUUUGAGCAAUAACAACAGCAACAGCGAGACGUGCAGGAGCAUUGGCGAGCCACUGCCGAGUAUACCAAUACCGCAAAAUUUGCCACCCCCGCUACCCCAUACGACUUCGCCCGCCAUCACGCUCUUCGAACCCGAACCAAAUCCACGACUUGUUGAAGAAUUAUUAGGAUACAGUGUUAAAUUAUUACAACGGUUUGGCUACCAUUGGCAAUCGUUAACUUUGAUGUACGUAAUCUUAAAGGACUCGAGGGCGGAUGUGGAAGUAGCCAUGCGGCGUAUAACUCAAGCCAACAGCGAGAUCCAGGCGACGGCGCAGUUCAACGCGACGUUCGGCGGCUACUACCGGGGCGGCUACUAUCCACCCUCGGCCUUCACGAACUCGCUGGCGAACAUCGGCAACCUCGGCAACCCGACCUACUUCGGCCAGGUCCCCUACGUCGGCAUGGCCUCGCCGUCCGACACGGCCGGGCUGGGCCUCCUGCCCUACGCCUUUGGCACACACGUCGUCAGUCCGAAGGUGCCCUCCAGUCCGGACAGUCCGCCGGAGCGACCCUCGUCCUAUCCUGGUGGUACAAGCUUUCCACGGAUUAAGCAAGCGUCGAUUCAUUCAUGAGAGUGCACUUCUCAAUUCCCCUCACUUCAGGAAACGAGCAUGAGCCAUCGCUUCAAGAUCGAGAAGAGCGAGGACACGGACUAGCCCAAAGAUGCGCGUGACGAGGAGGACUGAUGCAGCAGCGCCUCCGCGUCGUCCUUCCUGCGCCUGAUGGUGACGAUGCUCCCGCCUGCUGAACGAGCGAGAGACUGAAGACGAUCGAACGAGUUCGGAAAUCGCGGGAAGGAACCGCACAAAGGGCCCAAAGAGAGCGUCUACUAUAUACACACAGACACACAGACACAUACACACACAGAUCGAACAAUCCAGAAGAAGCGAUCGCGUCCUCGUUCUCGUCGUGCGCCUCUCUUUGUUGCCACGUCUGCAGCGUUCGAAUGCUAUUUCCGGCCGAGGAUUUCGAGCGCAGCCCCCCGUGACUCGACUCUCGCUGUCCUCGGAACGCGUGGCGUCUUCUUCGAAGAAAGUUUUUCGGACAGUGAACGUGCGUAAGGAAAAAACGACGGAAAAAAACGUCGUCGGCCGUACAAAGGGAACCGGAGCGAUACUCGCCGGCCGCUGAAAAGAAAUACCUACUCCGGGGGUAGCGCGCUCUUCACCCCUUGAAACGGGCUUGCGCGAGCGAGGAGCGCUACUGCACUGCUGCGCAUUAUAUGCCUCUCUUUCUCGGCAGUUGGACAGGAAGCGAGGAUAGCGGUGAAAUUGUCCGGCGGCAGCACACACAUACACACACACACACACACACAGUGCGCGAAAAGUAUAAUGGUGCAGCAGCGCAUUGGCCGAUGCGUGCAGGAAGCGCCCUGACCGCGAAGAAAGAAUGAAUACGAAAGACGCAGUCAGUCGAAGUAGAGACAUUAUCGCAUGCGCGCACGCGCGCGAUCAGCAAGCUCGCCCUCGAGGAGAAAGUGGUUAUGAGAGGCGCGAGAACCGCCCUUCGACAUGCAUACAGCUAUAUGCGAACCGAAACCGCAGAGAGAAAGAGAGUCGCUCGUUCGAGACAUCUGUAUGCCCUCUAUCUUUCACUCUCUCUCUAGGUCUUUCUUCGAGCAGGCCGAAAGAGAACAAUAGGUAUAAUGAUGGUCACGCGCGUCUAUAAGCUAGAGCUUUCGCGUGCUCGCCGAAUGGAGAUGUUACGAGUCGGCUGGACACAUCGUCGCUCCUACGUAACCAAGAAUAGCGCGAUUCGUUUCUCUUUCUCUGUCGUGAGUACCGAUACACUUCGCGUUCCUGACACAAUGAUUGGAUUAUUUCGGUGCCUUCUGUCAAAAAAUGAAAACUUUCGGCAGGUACUAUAGCUACUACUUAUGUUUUGUAGAACAGUGCGAGAUGCGCUAGUCUUGGCUGUAGGAGCGUCGCGAUAUUAUUUGCACGGGAUCUAUUGUCCAGCUCAACCGUCGCCUUUAUAGACAGCCAUUCAAUGCCGCUCUCAGUGUCCGUCUAUUGCUUUCGGUUUGCGGAGGAAUUAUGGCUCAUUUUGCUUCACAUGCCGAUUCUCGAAAACAGACGGCGCGGAGUCUACUAUACCUCUGCUGUUUCACCUCUUCCGCGCGAUAUCGACGCUGGAACUGUCCGUGAGCGAUGACUCAAGUCAACGAUAUAGAUGUACAUAUACGAUAUAAAUCAUUAUUAUAUAGGCGCGGUCUUGAUUUGCACAACAAUUGUGUUCUAGUAGCGUACAUGAAAAACAUUAUACAAACACGUACACACACAGACACGAGGCGACACGGAUCACCGGAAGUGUCGGCGUGGAUAUAUGUGGGCCACAGCUACUCUCUUCGAGGCGAACACGCGACUACUACUUCGCCGAAUGUGCGCGCUUAUAUUUUUAUUUAUUGUGUUACUUAGUGCGAGUUGUUGUAUUAUUUACGUGCAAAUAAGAGUCAAACUUAGGCUAGAGAGAGAGACCUUGUAAAAAGAGUUUUGAGAGAGAUGACGAGCCGCUGUUACGACUUUGGAGGAAAGCAAAACGGAUCUUGCGAAAUCACAGUAGAGCACACGAUAUUCACACGUGCGUAUUUCUUCUGUUGUUUUUGUAUUUUCACUGAUAGGUUUUACGAUUCUUUUUUUUCAUACUGUUAUACGUUAGAGUUCGUCGGUUUUAUUUUUACUUCUCCUCCACCCCCAGAGCGAGGCAAACGUCAAGCAAGUGUUCGUCUUAUGGAAUUUUAUUAUUGAAUGAUUUACAAAUCCUAGCGUAUCGGUGAGAAAACUAUUGCGUCCGCGUACGUGCAUAUUCAAUUGACCGAAGUGCGUUGACAUAUAGUUGAUUAUACCGAGUACAAUAAUAUGCUUUUAUCAUUAGAUCGCGAACAGUUAUUUUAUCAUGAUUUUUAACGACCACGUGAAAUAGCCAAAGUGCUGAGUACCACGUCAAAGUUAUGCGGCUGACUUGCAUCGCAGUCAAGUUUUUAGUGUUUUCUAAUUUAUCAUAUUAUAUACUUUUAUCAGGUUACGCGAACUCGAGUGGCUAUAUGAUACAUAGUUUAACAACGAUAGUAAGGUAUACAGCGAUGAAGAAGUGGAAAAAUUCAAAUUUUUUCAAGUGACACACGCAAUGCGCCAGGGGGAAUAUAAUAUAAUAUAUAUUGCAUUGUCGAAAGUAUAAAUAUAAAUUGCAAAUCGGCAAGAAUGAAGACUGAAUCCGAGGCCCUUUUGCAGCGUUAGCAGUAAUGAGAACUACUUUCACUGUGUGCGAUUUAAAUUUACUCACUGUUAUUAAUAAUGUUAUAGAAAAGACGGAAGAAAGAGUUUAGAGAUACUGGUAUCACACUUCUAUUAUACAUGUAUAAACAAGCUAUCACAAACUGUUACUGUGCAAUGCUGCAAAUUUGUUUCCACCUUUUACGACUAUACGAUUAUGCUUUACGUAAAAGUGCUAAAAAUGGUUCGAGCAGUGAUAUAUACAUGUAAGAAUUAUAUACUAUUAACGAAUUGUCCGAACUCGAAAGUGUUAUAUUCGAAAAAAUGUAUAAAACUGAUAUAACAAAAAAGUUAUAGCUCUUCUAUACGUUCCUAAAUGAGACCUGUACUAUAUUUGAUGAUGAGGGAUAGAUGUGUUUGAAAAACAUAAAUAAAUAAAUAAAUAUAUAUAUAUAUAUAUAUAAAUUAAUAUCAAAACGGAAUUUCUCGAUUCUCUCAAGUUCUCGAUAUUUUCAAAGAAAUAUUAUUUUCAACGGUAUUUCAAGAAUGCGUCGUCGAAAGAAUCUUAUAAGGACACGCUGAUCACUGAAAACGUACUCGUGGAAUGAAUGAAAACAACAAAUUACGUAACUACCUAGCUUAUCUAUUUUUAAUUAUAUGAUAAAUAGACGAAAAAUUCGAACAGCUUGCAAAGUUGGACGGCUCAUGAAGACAUAUAGGUGAUCCGCAUGUAAGUGGCGCGAUAUGUAAAAUUAAAAUGCGCAAAACUGGUACAAGUAUGAAAGGUAGGGUACUAUGUAAAGCAAAGGCAAAAGAGUUCAUAUUAGGCUUGAGCCCUUUCUUUUACGUCCUAAGGACGAUGAAUGUAUUUGCGAUUUGCGUGUACGGAUAACCGCUUGUUCGUAAAAUCGGUGUACUUGGCAUAUUUUAACUGUUAUGAAUUGUAAUAAAUCAUCAAUAAUGAACAAAAUA